CAGGUUGUCCGCAGCCGCCUGGAGAAGAAGGGAAUCCCGGUGCACAACGUCAGGCUGAACGGCUCCGCCGCCAGCCACGUCCUGCACCAGGACAGCGGCCUGGGCUACAAGGACCUGGACCUCAUCUUCGGCGUGGAUCUGAAGAACGAGGACGUUUUCCAGCUGGUGAAAGAUGUGGUCAUGGACUGCCUGCUGGACUUCCUCCCCGAAGGAGUCAACAAGGACAAGAUCACGCCCAUGACCCUGAAGGAGGCCUACGUGCAGAAGCUGGUGAAGGUGUGCAACGAGACCGACCGCUGGAGCCUCAUCUCGCUCUCCAACAACAGCGGCAAGAACGUGGAGCUCAAGUUCGUGGACUCGCUGCGCCGCCAGUUCGAGUUCAGCGUGGACUCCUUCCAGAUCAUCCUGGACUCGCUGCUGCUCUUCGGGGAGUGCUCGGAGAACCCCAUGGCCGAGAACUUCCACCCCACGGUGACCGGGGAGAGCAUGUACGGGGACUUCGAGGAGGCCAUGGAGCACCUGCGGCACCGCGUCAUCGCCACGCGCAACCCCGAGGAGAUCCGCGGCGGGGGGCUCCUCAAGUACUGCAACCUCCUCGUCAGGGGCUUCAAGCCCAAGUCCGAGGUGGACAUGAAGGCCCUGCAGAGGUACAUGUGCUCCAGGUUCUUCAUAGACUUCUCUGACAUCGGCGAGCAGCUGCGGAAGCUGGAGUGUUACCUGCAGAGCCACUUCGUGGGCAUGGAGAGCAACAGAUAUGACUAUUUGAUGACCCUGCACAGGGUGGUCAACGAGAGCACGGUCUGCCUCAUGGGACACGAGAGGAGGCAGACCCUGAACCUCAUUGCCAUGCUGGCCGUGAGGGUCCUGGCUGAGCAGAACAUCAUCCCCACGGUCACAAAUGUUACCUGCUUCUACCAGCCGGCCCCUUAUGUCAGCGAAAUAAACUUCAACUACUACGUGACCCACGUGCAGCCCUUCCUGCCUUGCAAUCAGUCCUACCCCACGUGGCUUCCCUGUAACUGAGCCAGGACAAACCCCAGGGUCUGUCCUCCAAGGUAUUUCCGUGCCUUGGGGGGUUGGGAGGGUGGGGAGGGGGGAGCAAAAUGGAACCUACCGACCUUCCCAGAACUGCAACAAAAGGAAACUUCCUGGACUCUUGCUUGAGUGUCUCGUUCCUGGGAUUGUUGGGACGAGCCUUGUCUGCUGUACACUGUGAUGGGAAGUGCAGUGUUAUGGGAAUGACUCCUUAUGGAAUUGUGGAGGCAACGGGGUGGGUGGGGUGUGUGAGGGGAGACUGUAGAAUUACGCUAAGGUAGAGCUGCACUGCCCUGAAAUGGAUCUGAAUUGUGGUUUGUUUUUUUUUUAGUGCAGGAGGUGUUCUGGGUUUGCAAACUUGUGGUUUCUGCCGAGAGAAGCCAGGGUGGCUAAUUCCUUUGAAGGACCAAAGAAUCCUGUUUAAGUGCCUGUAACAAUAUAAACACAACUGUACUGUAAACUUUAUUAUUUUCUGCGGGGGCUGAUGGCCCAGAGCUCGAGUGGGGAAUGUCUGAGGAGGAAAAUGUUUCUGUCGUGGGUGGGAGGGUCGCAAGAUCAUUUCUUAUGCUGGCUGAGGCCAGAGCAGGUUCUGUGUGGCUGAGGGGUUUGGGCAUGACUUGCUCCCUGUGAAGGACCAGCUGGAGCCAAGAGCUGCCAAAGUGGGGCUGCCUAACCCGGGGGGUUGGAAAUGCCUGAAACUGGGAGCACUGGUGGAAAAUGCUGUGCAGGGCUUGCUGGAAAAAAGGCAGCAGGGACCUACACUUGGAUUUCUUCAAGCUCCCAAGUCUGCAGUGCCAAAAUGUAGUGAGGCAGAUGAUCUGUCCAGGAGCCUGCCCCAGGCUGCCAAACCUAAUCCUGUUUUUUUCUAGGGGAAUUUGAAAUGCUGCUCUUCCAAUUUUUUUUUUUUUUUUUUUUGACAUGCAGUGUGAUUUUAAUGCACAAAGCCACAGGCCAGCUGGGCCAUGGGGAAGGUGAGGCUUGUCCUUUGAAGCACAAAGCAUCCAGGUCACUGGUCAGUCAUUUCCAGCUGUCGCUGUGGCCUCCAGGGAGGUGGACAGACCUCUUCAUGCUGGAGAUCAUCCCUUGGGCAGGUCCCAUCUCCAAAGCAGCCCAUUCCCAGCUCUGUGAUUCCCUGGUAGCAUUUGAAAUUCAUUCUCUAGCUAGAAAUGGAGCCUGGGGGCAGAAGAAGGGGUGAGGUUAGUUGGCCUUAGGGAAACGAUGUCUUCUGAGCAGACGCUCUGGUGUUUGGAGGGUCUGGCUCUCGGUCCAGUGUGGCUCUGGAGCUGUUGAGUGUCCGGAGCACAGAGGUUUUUCGGGAGGUGCCUGGGCUGCCGAGCCCCAGAGUCUCAGGUUUCAGGGGCAGGCAGCAGGCAGGCAUUCCCCAGGGAUGCUGCUCGGGAACACCACCGCGGCUUCCUGCUGCUGACCUAUCCAGUACCUUUACUAACUCGUGUUUUUUGGGGUUUAUUUUUGUUUUUGUGACAAAACUGUAAUAGCCGGGCAGAUUGAAAUAAAGACUAGAUCCUUGGAAUGUG